GGUAGUGAUGAUUAGUGGUCUUGGUGAUAUUGGUUAUUAUUGUUGGUAGUGGAGUAAUCGGUAGCGGCGGCGCUGGUGAUGGUGUUGAGUGAAGUAAGAUUGAGUGUGAGUGUAGGUGUGAGCUUACUUUAACUGGAUACCGGACAGAGCAUAAUAAGAAGACGGCACGCUAGUUGUGUGUGUGUAUGUAUGUGAUUUCCAUCUUCUUCUUCUUCUUCUUCCUCCUCUUCUAAGCAAGAUGCAGAGAUGAGGAUAUUGUGAAAUGUAGCAAUACAUAGCAAGAACAAACAAAAAGAAAAAACAAUAACAAGGAACGUUCUUGGUUGGCUUUGCUAUAUCUUCUUCUUCUUCGCACCGUUGUCUAUCAAAUGGAAUGGUAGUUGCCAAUCUAAACAUCUAUGUGGAUCCUAAAUUGGGGUCUUUUCUGUCCCCUCUUGGUUGUGGAUUUACUUAGAAUUCUCGAUAAGAUGAGGAUAUUUACUAUAUUGUGACUGAUUCAUUUCUAAUCGGUACUACGAGAACGAGGUAUUACCUCUUCACAGUAAAUGGAAGUCAGAAAAGACAAGUAUCAUGAACAGGAUAAUUUCAAUGGCUGUGGGUAUGACACGGAGAAUAUCUACCAGGAGAUUGCUGAAGAUCGGUUAGCACCACUACUGAGCCAAGAUGUGUACGCUAUGGAUGAAAGAAUCUACCACGAGCCACAUCAUUCCGGUGUCUUGGCCCAUCCCCAGCAAGGGGAGAAUUUAUAUUCUGUAUGUAAUGUAGGCAGUGCAAACAUACCUACACAGACCCAUGGUAACAACAUACACUGCCAGGAGUACUCACUCUCAGGAGGCUAUUACCAUUCCAAAAUGGUUACAGUUACACCAUCUGAGCCACGAUCUAAAAAACAUUUUGAAUCUGCUAAAUGUCCCACAGCUGCUGCACCUGAUAACAGUACUGUACGCUGCGAAAAUUGCACCUACACUUUGCUGGAUUUUAAACGUCAGCUGAUGCAGUUGAUGGGCUCAGAUGCUAGAAUUGCAAAGUUCCAUGGUCUUCCGGCACGGAUAGAAGAGAGUCUUCAAGUUGCUGAGAAUCUCCGACGUGUCUAUUCCCAGAGUGAUCGAUGUGACAUCUGCAAGACACACAUCAGUCAGCUGAAACAAGAAGCCUUUUUAAUAGUGAGAUCCAUCCAAACCAGUGGAGAUUCUGUCCAGGGUGCAGCUUUACAGAUACGUUCCACACAAACUCUGCCUGGCUCACCACCCAGUUACCAAAGGCCAUCUCGUGGACAAAACAUACGCCAUGUAGUCACACAGCCAACGCUACCCAUGAAUAUGCAAUCUCAGGAAUAUAUCGAACAAAAGUCACGAAUAUGGGCUUCCAGUCAAAAGAAGUUCGCGCUUGUAAACAGGCCAUUACCUGGGGGGCCUAGUGCAGACAGAACUCCAGUUUUCAACGAAACAGUUCCUCUUUCUGGAAAUCUAAUUAAUGAGUAUCGGGGAAGUUCAAUGUCUCAUCCACGUAUCUCGUCACCACCAUCGUCGCCUUACAACCAACCACGCUGUACAACAGUAAAUGCUGCAACAAGUCCCAUGGCUCAGCCUUCCUCAGCUUCGUCCUUUUUUGCCAGAGCUGCCCAGAAAUUAAGUAUAUCCUCAAAGAAGAAAAAGAAGUCACACAUGGACCCUGAAUUACCAAUUUUUCCAACAUGUUACAGUGAAAUCAUAAGACUAAAUCCACCACCAGCACCGCCUUAUUUACUGAGGAAUGCAGGGAAAAUGCAGAACCCAGGGAUUGGGAAGGUCAAAGUUAUGGUACGAAUAUUUUCACCUCCCAACGGCAAUAACGGAGACCACAGCUCUCUAAUACUCUCAGUAGAUGCUCGCAAGAAACAAAUAACUCUCCAUGACCCUUCAACAAGUGGGUACGUGUCAGCUGCUCAUAGGAGGACAGGCAUUGUUGCUCCAAAGACCUUCGCUUUUGAUGCAGUUUUUCCGCAAGACGAUUCGCUGACGGAGAUUUGCGCAAGUACCCUUACAGAUAUUAUUCAGGGUGUGGUCAGUGGUGCAGAUGGCUGCAUAUUUUCCUUUGGAUAUUCACGAGCAAGCAAGUCACACACAAUGUUUGGUAAAGAUCAAUCACCUCAAACAUUAGGUCUCAUUCCUUGUGCCAUUGCUUGGCUCUUUCGUCUCAUUGACGAACAUAGAGAUGCAACAGGGGCCCGAUUUUCCGUCCGUGUGUCAGCAGUUGAAGUGUCAGGGAAGCAAGAGUGUCUCAAAGAUCUUUUAGCUGAUGUUGCCCAAGUUGGUACAGAGACAGGUGUCUCUACUGCCCCUGGGGUGUAUCUUCGUGAGGACCCAAUUUGUGGUACCCAGUUAGAGAAUCAAAGUGAAUUAAGGGCUCCAACUGCCGAUCAGGCUGCUUACUACCUUGAUGCAGCAAUUGCAGCACGUUCAACAUCUGAUGAAGAAGAAUUGCGCCAUUCUCAUUUGCUCUUUACUUUACAUGUUUACCAAUAUCGUGUAGAAAAGGCAAACAAAUCUGGACUUCCAGGAGUGGCUGGUGGAAGGAGUCGCUUACAUUUUAUUGAUCUUGGAAGUUGCUCAAAGUCAAAGGAUCCUAAUAAUGUCUCACUGAGCCUUUCGGCACUUGGAAAUGUUAUAUUGGCUCUUCUCAAUGGACAACGACACAUACCUCACAGAGAUGCCAAGAUUGCAAGGUUACUAAGGGAUUCCCUUGGUAACGUGUCCUGUCGUACUUGUAUGAUAGCACAUGUAUCAGCAACCACCACGCAUUAUAGUGAGACGCUACAGGUAAUCCAGCUUGCUUCUCGGAUCCAUCGUCUGCGGAGACGGAAGAUGAAGUUUUCAAGUACCAGUUCUGAAGACAGUUCUACAGAUGAAUCUGGAAGGUUACGACGACCUUUAAGAGGGUUUCGAAUGGGUACCCUUAGAGAAGAUUUCCUCUACUCAUCUUCCCUAUCAGACCCAGACUGUACGUCAGGAAGCGAACAGUCAUGUGACACUGUGAUAUAUUUGGGUAUCAAUGGUCAGUCAUUAAGCGAUCGAGAACUGACUGAUAAUGAAGGCCCACCAAAAUCCCUACCCUUGCUCCCUCGAACUAAUCCACGUCUGCCACGUCGAACAAGUGGAUCCAGGUCAUCGGGAGAUGAAGGAUCUGCAUCAGACACUGGUAGAAAAUUUUCCCCGGUAGAUUCCGGACGUGUUUCUGUCAGCAAACUAUAUUAUAAUCGGGAGCCAAGUCCACAAUCGCGAAUUCCUGUUAUGUCGCCUGUUGCAACUCCAAGUUCCUCACAAGACUGUCCCUCUCCACCACUGGUCUCCUCUUCUACCGGUUAUCAAGUUGCCCGUAGAACAAAUAUUAAGCAAAAGAUGCCAUUAUCGAAAUUUAAACCUGAAGGUGGAGUGAAUGGUAGACAUCAGAUAAACAACGAAGGUUCAGAAUUUCUGGAGCAGUGGGUAGAUGGUCCUGGGGCUGCUAUCUAUCCUGAUAAAAAGAGUACGGAGCUGUGGGUUGAUGGUCCUCAAGCUUUUAUGGUGAGAACAGGCAAUGGAUCUUCAAGGAAACAACCUCGAGCUAUUAAAGAAACAGACGAGGCUUUUAGGGGACGUGUCUGGGUUGCUAAGCGACGAAAUGGGAAUUCAUCUGAUGGAGAUACCCAAACUUUACGCAAUAUAACAAUGCCAAAAGAGGAAUGUGAACCAGAGCGUUGGAUAGAUGGACCUAGCAGUGGUGCGGACAUGUCCACUAGUGACACACGGGUAUCUAAUAUCAACCAAGCGAAGCACUUUGGGCCAAGCAGCAGAAAGAAAUGCCCUUCGCAAACAAACCAGCCGUCCACAUCUAAUCGCAAAUCACCAGACAGAAGUAUUGCUGUUCCACCGUCCCCAAUGCUUGCUGCUCCUAUUGACUCAAAAGUUAUACAGCAGCAAGAUGUACCCAACCAAGGAUCACGACCUGAAAGUACAGCCAGUGUGGAUUCAAUAAAUGCUGAACCAUCAGAUUCAAGACCAGUAAGUUUCCAUAGUAAUGUACAGUCUACAGAGGAUGAUAUUUCUGUUGAAGCAAUUGCAAAUAGCGUUGAUAAUGGUAUCGAGGACGGUUUGGAAAAUUUCGUUACAGGCUGGGUUGGAAGACAUGGAACAUUUCCAGAUAAUUCUUUACCAGCACCAUGCGAAGAAAACGAUCCGAACCUCGGUUUUAUAGUUGAUUCCUGUAAUCAAGUCAUAGGAAGUCUAGAGUCCUUCUCAAAUUACAGCCAACCCCAAGCUUCCAUCAAACCAUGCCCUACAAUAAACAACAUUCAGCCACCAUCAACAAGAAUAGAUCCCGUCACAGAAACAACCGACUGUGUUAGUGUGAAUGCUCACACAACAAGAAGAGUUGCUGAGUGGCUGAAAACCGUUUCAACUGAAGAAGAGCAAAGCAAGCAUGAAAUCAAAGCUGGAAAUUCAAGUUCAAAUCUCAAGUUUGGUGCUUUGAAACAUGGUGGGGUUCUUGGAUCUGAAACUUUAGCUUCUAUUGAUGCUAAAGCUCUUGGGAAAGAGAUUGAUAGAGUUUGGUUUACCGAUGAUGAAGUUAGCGGCGAACAGAAGUUUGAAGGAUUCUAUAAUAGUGGUGAUACUGUCAAUGAUAACAAUCCAGAGACAGAAUUUGCCAACCUCCUGAUUUCAAACCGUGAAUCAAUCUAUGAAAUUCAUGUUGAUCAACAGCUGGAACUUGCCAGGAAAAAUAAUCCUGAUGCUACAGAUGAUGAUACAUUCAGCACUGUGUCUUUUCCAAAAGAAGAUCCUGAAAGCUUGGCUAUUGCACAAGAAGAGGAACGCGUUAUUACUGUCCAGAAACUCAAAGCCCUUAAUGCAGCUCAUAGUGAACAAUCAACACUAAUGAGGGAUGUACGAAGCCAUUGUCAGUAUGAAGGAAGCAAACUCUCCGACCUCGAAGAAGUUUCUGAAGAAGAGUCUGUUUUGGAAUGCAAACUAUUAUGUUCCCGAAAUAUUGAUGGUGCAUCAGAGCCCUGUUUAUCAAAAGAAAUAUUUCAUGAAGAUGGUGGAGCUUUUGAUGUAUCUGUUAUAAAGCAAAAUUAUACUAUUAACCCAACAUCAUCUAGCAUAUAUAUAACAACAUCGAAACAACCAUUAUCGGAAAAUAUUAGUUUGUUGUCAGACAAUAAUGAUAACUUAGAGGUGUCAAGUUUACCAGGUUAUUCAGUAAUUUCACAAUAUGAUGAUGAUAAAGUGUCUAAAUUCUCAGGAUCACAAGUCCCUGUAUACAAUCUUAAUAAUGUAACACCCUUGUCACCCUCAAUGUUACAGAGACCUCUAAAUAAGAUCAAUUCCAAGUCCAAGGAAGCUGAUGUGUCGUUUUCACCAGGGAAAAUUCAGUCCAAACAUAGUGAGGUUACGACAUCAUUUAGCCUUACCAAUCAAGGUUCUCAAGAAUGUUCAUCUCCAAAGAUCCAAACAAAGUUUGUUGAGGGGUCAAGUUAUAGUAAUCAAGGACCAGCACUACUAACAUCAUCUCCAACAAUUCAGAACAAGGUGCCAUCAUCCGCUUAUAACAGUCAUGUUGGGUCAUCUCUUCCACUUUCAUCACCAACAACUCAAGCUAAGUAUUGUAAAGGUUCACUGCCAUCAUCACCAUCAUUGACAUCAUCAUCAGGCCAUAACAAUCAAGUGCCUCAUCCAACAUCAUCUUCAUCUCCUACAGUUCAAGCUAAGCAUUGCAAGGGGUCAACAGUUUCAUUAACAUCAUCUAGCCACAAUAGUAGGGGCAAAGAGCGAGGUUCUAAAAUGUCAAGGUUUGCCACACAAUCAACAACAUCAAAUCCCCGAAACAGAUCUUCUGGCUCAAAAUCACAAUCGCCCAGUCGCUCAAGGCUUCCAAUAUUUAACCCUUCAAAUCUUUGUCAAUUGACAAAACUGCGCAAGAAAGACAAAGCAAAUGUGGAAAAGACAACCCAAUCAAAACCACAUGAUGAUGGGCAAAAGGGAUGGUGUAAGAGUUCUGAAACUGGAGUAGAAAAGACAACACCAUCCAAAGUACAUGAUGAAGGACGUAGGGGACGGGUUAAAAAUGCAGAAGUUGCAGUAAAGGUCAACAGAAUUGUUGGUGGUGAGGAAGCUCUUUUGUCUCCUUAUGCAACUGUAACAAAACCACGAGUGGUGAGACAUUCAAGUAGUGGGCAUUGCAGUGAUAACAGUAGUACAGUAAGUACAGAAAUACGUGCACAAAUGGGCAGUCGGUCAGAUAAGCUACAUGGUGGGGGAACAAGCAGUGGAUAUGAAAGCAUGUUAAGAGACAGUGAGGCAACUGGCUCUUCAUCAUCAUCAUCGUCAGCCCAUGAAGACUCAGCUAGCGAGUGUUCGUCGAGUGAUCGUAAAAAAGGGACACGGAGAAAAAAAGUACCAGGGUCCCGGCGUAGUCGUUCUGCUCCAGCUAGGUCAGCAUCAGGCAGUCCACUUUGUGGCUUAAAGGGAGAUGCCAAUGGCCAACAGAUACCACCUAGUCCUUCAUCAAAAGCCUGGGUCGACACACGACAAAUUCAGAAACUAAAAGAUGAGCCAAUGGAAAUUCGUAAUUACGACAGUGAAGACGUUGAAAGGAUGCAUCGUAGACGGAAAGACGAACUUGAGGUCUAUGAACAGCGACGUGAAAGAGUGCUUGAACUUUUAAACAAACAAGAAGAACUCAAACAGGAGUUGACCUCAGCUAAGGACCGUCUCAUGAUUGAACAAGCAUCUUGGAACUUUGACUGUGAACCAGUCGAAGAUAUUGACUAUGGCAAUGCCAGUGAUAUUCAGAUUUUAGAAUAUGAAACUGCAGUGUUGGAGAGAAGAGUUGAAGCAUUUAAAUCUCAUCUGAUGAUUAUUACAUCAUUUGAUGUCAAGGUAAAAUAGUGUCCGCAUAACAGACAGAUUUUCCUAAACACUGUGGACAGAACUUAAAACAUGCUCAACUGCAAUGAAUGCAAGGAUAAUAUUUGUAAUACCAUUGAAAUAAGUAAUGAUUAAAUUUACCAAAAUGAUUCAGCAAAAGAAAAAUAAAGAAAUAUAACUCAACGAAUAUAUGUAUGUGAGAAUGUGUGCUUAGGAUUGUGUUCUUAUCAGCGUCUAUGUCUAUAUACG